AUUUACCUCAUGGAAUGGCCUCCAUACUCCCCAGACCUCACUCCUAUUGAAAAUCUAUGGUAUCAACUCAGGGCUCAACUCCUGAAGAGAUGUCCAAUGCCUACAACACUGAAUGGAGUGUGGGAAGCAAUUUCAGAGGAGUGGGACUGGACCCGAAGGGAAUAUAUUGAGAGGCUAUAUGAAUCCAUGCCUUAUUGCAUUGCUGCAUGCAUUGCCAACAAUGGUUGGCAUACCAAAUAUUGA